AUGGAAAUCGCUACAAUUGUAGCGAAAAAUGAAAGCGAUCGCCUCUUCUCGAAUUUCUCUUUCUACAGCAAUCAGACAAUCUACAUAAAUGGAUAUGUUCAGCAAGAGCGAACGAUUCUCGAGCUCAUUUAUUACUUGUACAUGCCAUUUUGUGUGAUUAUCGGCUUAACGGGAAAUUGUAUGGUAUGGGUGCUGAUCAGAAGCAAUCGAAUCCUCUCGAAACUGCCAACAAACAUGUAUUUGUUAUGUUUGGCCGCAAUGUCAUCUGUUUUCCUCAUUUCGCUCUUCAUUUUUUGGUUGGAUGAGGUCACCUAUUACUAUUUUGACGACAUCGUUCAAACACCGCUCUUCAAAAACACGAAAUUCAGCUGUAAAAUCGUGACAUUUAUCGCGCAUUACUGUGACUUUUGCUCGGUUUGGUUGAUCGUUUUGGUCGGAUUCGAACGGCUGAUACUUUUACAUCGACGAUGCCGAUCGUUGAGUAUUGAAAGAGCCAAAGCGCAAAUCCUCGUUUUAAUGGGCACAAUGUUCAUCUGUAACUCGUGGAUUCUCUAUGUGGCCGAUGUUCGGAAAGAUACUUGUGAUAUCGAAGAUGGAUACGAGUAUAUCUACGAUUUAUUUACUUAUUUUGAGGCCGUUUUCUGCAUGGCUCUUCCAAGUUUCAUCAUCAUCAUUUCAAAUGUUCUGGUGGUACUCAAGUUGAGAACGCAUUUAAAAAGAAUCCCCUCCUCGCCGACGGUUUCAUUUCACACCGGUGAUGUCAUGUCAACGUCAAGCACUGCUAUCAAAUCGUACACAAGAGUCUCCCGGCUGAGCACCAAGUUUUCAAUCGAUGCCGAUAAACCGAAAAAGAAAGAGAAAUCGCUGAGAUACACCGAUCUGCAACUCACCCGGUCACUCUUGGUCGUCACUUGGGCUUUCAUCAUUCUAAAUUUGCCUAAUUACCUCUAUCGAAUUAUCACCCUUCUAUGGGAUUUCGAAAACACAUCACAGACUGUGAAAGAGGUGCUGCUCUACUCAAAACUUUGCGCUCACAUGUUUCUCUACACUCAUCACGGUUUCCUUUUCUAUCUCUACAUCUUCUACUCACCACAGAUGAAACGCCGCUUGAAACCGACAGCUCUCAAGCUGCUCGAGUGUUAUUGUUUAAAACCGCACGGUGAAUACUCGGAACACACU